AAACAGCAGCGGAAGAGGCUCCGAAAAACAGUCGAGACUGGAACGUCGCUGAGUUUACACGAACAGAAACGAAAGCUUUGUUAAUAUCCCACAGCAAUCAUGUUGAAGGCGAUUAUUGUUUUUGCCACCAUUCUGGUGGCCGUGGCUGUGGCCAUGCAACCGUUGGAGGACAAUGACAGGAACCACCAUCUGAACCACAAACGCCAGUUGUCUCACCACCACCAGCAGUUGCAGGAUGCGAACAAGGAGCGCAUUCAACAUAGAAAGAGCCUGCACCAAGCCAUUUCCCACCACAAGGAGCACAAAUCCCAUGGUCAUGCGACUUCUGCAAGGAGGCAGCUGGAGGAGAGCCACAAGAAGGGCCACCACCAGAAGGAGCACCACCAGGAUAACCACUUCCGGAAAGCCCGCUCUCACUCAAAGACCAACAAGCACCACCACAAAAGGCACACAGGAUCGCGUCGCCACUAGAAAACAUAUUUCCGCCAGGAUAUAUCCUAUUUAAAUCCUAACUUAUGUCCUAUGUAAGCUGUAACGCAGGGAUAUUGAGCACAAGCCCAUUGUCAAUUUGGAAUAAUAGAAACGAUUUUCUAAACAAUAUACAAGUGUAUGCCAUGACCAAAAAAUAAACUCAAAUUUCCAUUACAAAACCCUGA